UGGUAGAAGAAGGAGUUCCCUGCAAAUGUGGUCUUGACAAGCAGGACUUGGAGCAUCUCUCCAUAAAACAGGAACCAAAGGAUCUAUGGCCCAAUCAGGAUAAGUGAUGGAAGAUGGAAUGACGACAGGGCACAUAGGGCAGGUGUAAACAGUGACGUGGAGUGUAACACUGCCAGAAAAUCCCUCAGCUGCUCUGAAUGUGGUGAAGAGGUUCACCUCUCUAGAGACAUUUAACAAAGAAACCUUUAUUUAAACCAUACAAGAUGUUUUAAAGUGAUGCAAAAUGUAAACUUGCAGGAAAGUGUCGACACAUGUAAAAACUGUUAAAUUUAAUGUUUAUGUCAACAUCAAAAAUCUGUGGUAAAAUGACUGAAUGUGGACAAAGAUUUAGUCAAAAGACAAACUUAAACAAACACAUGAGAAUCCACAGAGGAGAAAAACCAUUCAACUGUGAUGAAUGUGGACAGAGAUUUAGUCACAAGUCAAGCUUAGACCGACACAUGAGAAUCCACACAGGAGACAAACCAUUCAGCUGUGAUGAAUGUGGACAGAGAUUUAGUCAAAAGUCAAACUUAGACAGACACAUGAGAAUCCACACAGGAGACAAACCAUUCUGCUGUGAUGAGUGUGGACAAAGAUUUAUUGCACAGGGGGACUUAAACAAACACAUGAGAAUCCACACAGGAGACAAACCAUUCAGCUGUGAUGAAUGUGGACAGAGAUUUAGUCAAAAGUCAACCUUAAACCAACACAUGAGAAUCCACACAGGAGACAAACCAUUCUGCUGUGAUGAGUGUGGACAAAGAUUUAUUGCACAGGGGGACUUAAACAAACACAUGAGAAUCCACACAGGAGACAAACCAUUCAGCUGUGAUGAAUGUGGACAAAGAUUUAGUCAAAAGACAAACUUAGACCGACACAUGAGAAUCCACACAGGAGACAAACCAUUCAGCUGUGAUAAAUGUGGACAGAGAUUUAGUCACAAGUCAAGCUUAGACCGACACAUGAGAAUCCACACAGGAGACAAACCAUUCAACUGUGAUGAAUGUGGACAAAGAUUUAGUCACAAGUCAAGCUUAAACCAACACAUGAGAAUCCACACAGGAGACAAACCAUUCAGCUGUGAUGAGUGUGGACAAAGAUUUAGUCGCAAGACAAGCUUAAACCAACACAUGAGAAUCCACACAGGACAGAGACCGUUUCCUUGUGAGGUUUGUGGUGAAUUAUUUAGUCAAAAGACAAACUUAGACCGACACAUGAGAAACCACACAGGAGACAAACCAUUCAGCUGUGAUGAGUGUGGACAAAGAUUUAGUCGCAAGACACACUUAAACCAACACAUGAGAAUUCACACAGGAGAAAAACCAUUCAGCUGUGAUGAGUGUGGACAAAGAUUUAGUCGCAAGACAAACUUAAACCAACACAUGAGAAUUCACACAGGAGACAAACCAUUCAGCUGUGAUGAAUGUGGACAAAGAUUUAGUCAACAGACACACUUAAACAGACACAUGAGAAUUCACACAGGAGACAAACCAUUCAGCUGUGAUGAAUGUGGACAAAGAUUUAGUCACAAGACACACUUAAACCAACACAUGAGAAUUCACACAGGAGACAAACCAUUCAACUGUGAUGAAUGUGGACAAAGAUUUAGUCAACAGACACACUUAAACAGACACAUGAGAGUUCACACAGGAGACAAACCAUUCAGCUGUGAUGAAUGUGGACAAAGAUUUAGUCAAAAGACAAGCUUAAACCGACACAUGAGAAUCCACACAGGAGACAAACCAUUUAGCUGUGAUGAAUGUGGACAAAGAUUUAGUCAAAAGACAAGCUUAAACCGACACAUGAGAAUCCACACAGGAGACAAACCAUUCAGCUGUGAUGAAUGUGGACAAAGAUUUAGUCACAAGACAAGCUUAAACCAACACAUGAGAAUCCACACAGGAGACGAACCAUUCAGCUGUGAUGAAUGUGGACAAAGAUUUAGUCACAAGACACACUUAAACAGACACAUGAGAGUUCACACAGGAGACAAACCAUUCAGCUGUGAUGAAUGUGGACAAAGAUUUAGUCAAAAGACAAGCUUAAACCAACACAUGAGAAUCCACACAGGAGACAAACCAUUUAGCUGUGAUGAAUGUGGACAAAGAUUUAGUCAAAAGUCAAGCUUAAACCAACACAUGAGAAUCCACACAGGAGACAAACCAUUCAGCUGUGAUGAAUGUGGACAACGAUUUAGUCAAAAGACAAGCUUAAACAAACACAUGAGAAUCCACACAGGAGACAAACCAUUCAGCUGUGAUGAAUGUGGACAAAGAUUUAGUCAAAAGUCAAGCUUAAACCAACACAUGAGAAUCCACACAGGACAGAGACCGUUUCCUUGUGAGGUUUGUGGCGAAUUAUUUAGAUGGCGUGUCUCUUUAAAAGGACACUUGCGUGUCCACACAAAAUAGAAACGACGCAAAGUGCAAAAUUUUGCUACUAAUAUGUAAACAAUGUUGUUUACAGUGUAAAUAUGAGCUGGUUAGAGGAACUUCAAGGGGGUAUUCUACGGUGGUGAUACACUGUGGUGUCUCUUCAGUACCCACCAUUGACCUUGACUUGAAAAUU